CAAACAAUCACAUUCUGAUAUUACGAUUUGCAUCAUACACCUAAUGGCAGGAGCCACAGCUAUGGUGCGCCUGUCUGUGGGCAUCCUCCUCCUCCUCGUUGUGGUUGUGGCAGCUGGCGGUGGCAGUGGUCAUUAUAAUCCACCACCACCAACGUAUCAUCAUCCACCACCACCAACGUAUCAUCAUCUGCCGCCUCCACCAAAGCAUCAGCGUCAUCAUCCACCACCUCCCCCACCUCCACCACCACCCCCACCUCCCCCACCUCCGCCACCACCUCCGCCACCAAGGCAUCAGCAUAAUCGUUCACCUCCACCACCAAGGCAUCAGCAUAAUCGUUCACCACCACCACCACCUCCUUCGCAAGGCAACUGCCAGUGCAAAACAAAACUAUGCUGGGGCACGUAUACUUGCCCUGAUGCUUGUCCUUGGAAUUGUGAGGCUGAUUGUAACACGUGUAAAGCUGUUUGUCCUUGCAAUAAGCCGGGAGGACUUUGCCAAGACCCAAGGUUCGUUGGUGGUGAUGGAAUGACCUUCUACUUCCACGGCAAAAAGGACCAAGACUUUUGCAUUGUUUCCGAUUCCAAUCUUCAUAUCAAUGCUCAUUUCAUCGGGAAGCGAAACGAUAACAUGAAGAGGGACUUCACUUGGGUCCAGUCCAUAGGAAUUCUCUUCGACAAUCACCAACUCUUUGUUGGUGCACAAAAGACUUCAACUUGGGAUGAUUCAGUUGAUAGACUCGCAUUGACUUUCGACGGAGAACCCAUCUUCCUUCCGGUUACCGAAGGCGCCGAGUGGCGGCCAAGCACCGCACCGGGCAUCUCCUUCACCAGGACUCGUGACGUUAAUGGUGUGGUGAUUGAAGUGGAAGGGAAUUUCAAAAUCAAAGCGACAGUGGUCCCAAUCACUGAGAAAGAUUCCAUGAUCCAUAACUACGGAAUCACCAAAGAAGAUUGCUUUGCUCAUUUGGACUUGGGCUUCAAGUUUUACUCGUUGACCGGCGGUGUUGACGGCGUUUUGGGCCAGACUUAUCGCAGUGACUACGUGAGCAAGAUUAAGAUGGGGGUACUGAUGCCUGUUGUUGGUGGUGCCAAGGAAUUUGCUAGUUCUACUCUGUUUUCAUCCGAUUGCGCCGUGGCUAAAUUCACUGGUGGGCUCAAUUCUUCGGAGAGUUUUGAGUAUGGGAGUUUGGACUGCGCUAGUACUGGGAUGGAUGGGCAAGGAGUUGUUUGCAAGAGAUAAAUAAAUCUCGCUCUGAGAUUACUUUUGCAUGGGCAAAAAUAAUUGUAUGAAAAGCUUUCAUGUUUUCUUGUAUUCAAAUAAAGGCGGAAUCUAAUGUAAUGGAUGUCCGGCUAUUGUCUUGAGGUGUAUUUACACUCACUGUAAUUUGCUUCAUUUUUAAAUGUCAUCCUCCAACUUUUUGUUCUUGAUUCUUAGAUACCCCAUGCCAAAUUGGCUUGGGAGAAUCCCGUUGAUGAAAUGAAAUGAAAUGAUUGCAUGCUUUGAUUCGGUA